AUGGAAAAUACAGCUAUUAAAGUUCUACUAGUAUUUCUAGCUUUAUGGUUCUCAUAUGUUCAAGCUAUACAAAAUGGAGGAUUUCCAGCAGUUAUUGCAUUUGGAGAUUCAAUUCUCGAUACUGGUAACAACAAUCUGCUUAUGACAUUGUCGAGAAGCAACUUUCUGCCAUAUGGACGCGAUUUUCCUUUUCAUUUGCCUACUGGAAGAUUCGGGAAUGGAAAAGUUCUAUCAGAUUUAGUUGUGGCGGAAUUAGGGAUAAAAGAUCUUUUACCAGCUUUCCGUAGCCCAUUACUUAAAUCAAGUGAACUAUCCACCGGAGUUUGCUUUGCGUCUGGUGGUUCAGGAUUAGACAAAACCACUGCAUCUAUACAGGGGGUUAUAUGGGUACAAGAUCAGGUAGUAGACUUCCAAAAAUACAUAGAAAAAUUAAGCAAAGAAAUUGGAGAUCCUGCUCAAGUCAAAAAGAUUAUAGCCAAUGCUGUGAUUUUAAUCUCUACUGGAAAUAACGAUAUCGCCAUUACAUAUUUUUCAACUCCGGCUAGGAUAUCAAGAUACAAUAUCGACACAUACACUGAUAUGCUCAUAGGUUGGAAAACUACGUUCUUGCAGAGUCUAUAUGAUUUGGGAGCAAGAAAAUUUGCGGUUCUUGGAACAUUGCCAUUAGGAUGUUUGCCAGGGGCAAGACAAAUGAGCGGAAAUUUGAUAUGUCUUCCUCAUGUCAACUACGGUGCUAAACUAUAUAAUCAAAAAGUAUCAAGCUUGGUCGAUAAAUUUGGCCAAAAUCUCCCCGAUGCCAAGUUCGUGUACAUCGAUAUGUAUAACCCACUUCUUGAUAUCAUUAAUAAUCCUGGACAAUAUGGGUUUACAACGGCAAUACCAUGUUGUUGCUCGGUGAUGACCCCGGUUCCAUGCUUAAGUUCGGCUAGUCACGUGUUCUGGGACUUUGCUCAUCCUUCUGAAAAAGCCUAUAAAGCUGUUCUACCGAAGAUCGUCAAUACCAUCCGCAACAACCUUGCUUAG